CAUGAAAAUGUACGAGAUCAACGGUGACUCCUUCGCGUAUGCUGUCAGCUGACAGCCGUCAUAACACCGUGUGCUACCUGGCUGGCACCGAACCCGCAAAGCGGUUCUAACUACUCGUUACAGCCCUGCGGACCUAACCGGGUCUUGGUUAUGUUCAUUCGGCUCCAGAGUGGGAGAGGAGGCUUGUGUAUCGUCCACACAUGGCGGCCGACAUCCAGUCCCAGCCGCAGGCUCGGAAGCCAUGUCUGCUGAGCAAGAUCGAGGCUUUCCAAGAUGUUGUUAGCACCGCAGUUAUCAUUCCCAAAGAGGAUUGUGUUAUCAGCGUGUCGGAAGACAGGACAAUACGUGUGUGGCUGAAGAGGGACAGUGGUCAGUACUGGCCCAGUGUCUAUCAACUGCUGCCGUCGUCAUGUACUUGCAUGUCUUUUAACCAUGAGACCAGGAGGCUCUCGCUUGGGAUGGAUACUGGGAGUAUUUGUGAAUUCAUCUUAUCAGAAGAUUAUAAUAAGAUGACGCCAGGGCGCACAUACCAAGCCCACCAGGGCAAGGUGACUGUGGCACUGUUUGUCUUGGAGAUGGAGUGGCUGCUGAGCUCAGGUCAGGACAAAAGGUUCACGUGGCACUGCUCUGAGAGCGGUCAGCAGCUGGGGACUCAUCACACUGCGGCUUGGGUUUCUGGACUCCAGUUCGAUGUGGAGACCAGACAUGCCUUCGUCGGUGACCAAUCAGGUCAGGUGACUAUUCUGAAGCUGGAGCAGGAUAGCUGCUGUCUGGUCACAACCUUCAAGGGACACACAGGUCAUGUGACUGCACUUUGUUGGGAUCCUGUCCAGAGGGUUCUGUUCUCUGGUAGCUCAGAUCACACGAUCAUCAUGUGGGACAUAGGGGGGCGCAAAGGCACUGCCAUCGAGCUGCAGGGGCACAAUGAGAAGAUCCAGGGUUUAUGCUAUGCGUCGCACACCCGCCAGCUCAUCUCCUGCAGUGCUGACGGAAGCAUCGUCAUCUGGAAUAUGGACGUGUCACGACAAGAGACUCCAGAGUGGUUGGACAGUGACUCUUGUCAGAAGUGUGAACAGCCCUUCUUCUGGAACUUUAAGCAGAUGUGGGACAGCAAGAAGAUCGGCCUUCGUCAGCACCACUGCAGGAAGUGUGGUCAGGCAGUGUGUGGCAAGUGUUCCUCCAAACGCUCCACGAUCCCACUCAUGGGCUUCGAGUUUGAGGUGCGAGUGUGCGACAGCUGCUAUGAGUCCAUUACUGAGGAGGAUCGAGCUCCCACCGCCACUUUCCACGACAGCAAGCACGCCAUUGUUUACAUGCACUAUGAGCCCACCACUGGCAGCCUGCUGACCUCUGGCACUGACAAGGUCAUCAAGCUGUGGGACAUGACGCCUGUGGUCUCCUGAGACUUCGGACAAAAUGAGCAUCAAAAAGGAAACGUAUAACAGAAUGGCGCUCGAACAGCACACUGGAUUGACUUAUUGAGGAGCCAGAGAUGCCAGCGAAAAGUCGCGAGGUUACUUACACGAGUGCAAGGAUCAUGUGCUUGUUCAUGUGAAGAUGCGUUUUAUUUUUUUUUAAUUCCUCAUAAUUGUCCUGUCAGCCUUUUCAAUCCUCAGAAAUCCGCUUUGUGGUCAUUGUUCCAAGUUACUGAGAGACAUUCUUCUGAGGAGUCAAACAUUGCUGUGAAUUAUCUGUUCUGUGCAGGUGGGAGUCAGGAGAGAUUCAAGAAACACAAGUGCUACAUUGAUUCCAUGCAUCAACCUAAUCAAAUCUGUCCCAGACUACUUUAAUCUUUAGUUUUAAUUCCAUUGAAAGACACUUUUCAUUCAAAUUUGAUCGUUAUAUCGCAACUACCUGGCUUAUAUUGUGGAGCUCUGCAUUUACCGUACAACAGGCAUGAGGUGUGCUUUGGCUCAAGUAGGCAUCUCACUUCACUGCAUCAUAUCAACAGACAUUCCACUCAUGAUGCUUCUUAAAUGCACAGUAUUUACAGUAUAGGGGACCAUGUAAUGCCUGACUGGUGUAUAUAGACACUUCGCCUUCCCUCCUGUCUGUCACACUCUAUUGAUCCUUAUUGUUUACAAUGGAUGCCAGCAUCUUAAACCAGCCCGUCAAAUAUCUUGGUACAGAUCAUAGAUGGAAACACUUCAUUGCUGUUUGCCAAAGUUACAAUAUGUCGACUUGAACAAGAGCAGUACCACAACACGUAUUCAUUUUUGAUUCUCUGUGUCAAGUCAACUUGACUGCCUCUUUUAUGAACACAGGACAGUAUGUGUCAGUUCUGAAUAUGUUAUGUCAACUGUGGCAUUACUCCUCUACUUUGUGAGGAAUGACUACAUAUACUGAAUUCUGUUUGUUGUGUUCGCUUUGUGACAUACAUUUAAUUCCAAUUUGUUAUAAAUGAGUAGUUUUACCACAUGUACAUUUCACACUCUAUGUCUAAGAACCAGAAAAGAAGACCAAAUCAUAUCGUCUAAUCUUUUCUUACUUGAAUAUGAUCUGAUGAUAAUCUGCGGGUCAUCAUACAACAUUUUAGUUAUUAGUACACUUCACAAGUGGAGUCACAGUUAACACUCCUGUCCUUACAAAUGACUGAAAUAAUUUUACACACAUGGUUUAUAUGGGCAAAAGAUGGCACUGUCUGUAAAAUAAUGCUAGUCAUGACUACGUUUUUCUGUUGGUAAGAAAGAUUUGUUUACUGCAAGAUGGGAGGCUUUGUGUCCUGGUGACCCUACCACGGUGGCUUUAACUCCUUGCAACAUUACAAGUUAAGAAUGACCCUGGCGAUACUAGUUUUGAACCAAGUACUUCUUAUUGAAUAAAAGCUUCAUCCAUUAAAAAAAUGUUUUAUGCAGUAUAUAUGCAUAUAUGCAGGGUGCUCCCUCCCUCUAGCUACACCUUAGCUUGUGUUGGCACUGUAGUUCCUGGGGCUACGGGGUCACAGAAUGUUGAAUAAUUAAGCCCUAUAAGUAGUCAGUGGUUUGAUUGAAGGUAAUUUAUACAAACUUAUCCAAUCAUCAUGUUACCGGAGUCCUGCUUCACCUGUGUUGCUGUUCAAGUGAAGGCUGGUUCAUUUAUGUUGCAACAAGUUUACAUGUUGUACGUAUAUACAUUAGAUUUUAGAAAGACAUGGAUGCCUUGGCCCAAAUGGAUCUUGAACCAGUCAGGUUUUAUCUAGAUAUCUUGUGAUGAACUUCAUGAAUGGAAAGAUUUAUGUGUGAGCGGCUUGAGGAUCGAUCAAUGAAUGUACGACUGUGUACGUGGUGACGAUGAUGCAGCGUCGUGUUUACUGUGACUACACAGUCAGCACCGUCGAUAAUGUGGACCUCAUUUCAUUGAUAAUUUAUGAAUAUUUGUGUGUUUAAAAUAAGCCAGUUCAUCCAAAUCAGAGAGCUUAUGUGUUUUAAUCAGAUGGACUGUUUGAAUUAAAAAAAGAAUAAAAAAAUGUUUUGUCUGAGCGUUUUUGUUUACUGCAUGCGUCUGACGACAGAACCA